ACUAUGAAAUUCUAAUAUGUAAUUAGUGAACGCAGUCUUUAUUUAUAAUAUUAAACACGUUCAUAAUAUAUAACAAAAACAAUUUAGAAAUGCUUUGAGAAAAAAUGACGACGUCCGACGAGGGGGGAAGUGCAGAAGUCCUCAAUUGGUAUCACUCCCACCCAAACGUGCAUUGCGGUAUGCGCGCUCCUCAACUGGUGAUAUCCACCACCUCAAUUGGUAAACCAGUUGACACAAUAUCAGCAUUCUAUUGCUUUAUUUGCAGAUUUAUGUUAAUGGGAAUUGACAGCGUAAAGUUCACCCAGUUUAUAGUGGAAUCAUCUCAGAACUUUUCUAUAUCUGAGACAAAAACUUUUGAAUUAGAAUCAGAAACAGAUUCUGUUACGAACUAUAAAUAUCAUCUUGGGAGUGAAUUUGUCAAGUUCAAAGCAACUAAAUCUCCACUCAGGAAAGUUAAAAACACGGUUUAUGAUACCUGGGGGAGUAGAUGCACAUUUUUGUAUUUUAUUAGCACAGAGUCUGAAGACGGAGAUCAUGGUUUACCUGUUCUACAUAAUCCGGCCGAGGAAAAUUAUGGAAAUCUUUGGUCUAAAACUAAAUAUGGAUUCCAGUUUGCAUUCGAUUAUCUCCUAGAUCAGGUGGAUUGGGUGAUGAAAGCUGAUGAUGAUACAUAUGUUAUAAUGGAAAAUCUUCAUAAUAUGCUCGCUCAACAUGAUCCGGAAUUCCCAACUUUUUUUGGACAACAUUUUGGUAUAAGCGUUGAUCAAGGAUAUAUGAGUGGAGGCUCAGGAUAUAUUCUUUCAAGGAAAGCUGUAGAGAUACUGGUUACAAAAGCAUUCACCAACAGUAGUUUAUGCAGGGAAAACGAUGAUGGAUAUGAAGAUGUGGAGAUGGGAUCGUGCCUCUCUAAAAUAGGAGUUAAACCCUCAGAUUCAAGAGAUAAAAAGAGAAAUGAGGAAACAUUUUUUCCCGCUCAACUAUGGGAUAUGUUAUCGGUUAGUAACACAAGCUGGCUUCAGACCUAUAUGUCCAAAAAACCAGUUGCAGGAUUUGAUUGCUGCAGUGAAUAUGCCAUAUCUUUCCAUUAUGUGACCCCUCAGAGGAUGUACGAAAUGGAAUACGUUAUUUACAAAUUAAAAUUGGUUGACAUUAAAGAAAUUCGUGAGACUCUUCGGGAAAGACUAAAAGAUGUUUCUAACUCUCCUUUACCAUCUUAACCAAGAUAAUUAAUAAUUUACUCUCAGACAAAUUAGAAUCAAUGGAAAUUUAAACCCCUAAGGGAUUCAAUGAUAAACCCG